UAUAGGCAGCGCCGGCCCCCUGCGCUCUGGGAAGUCGGUGCCGCCGCCCUCCCCGUCGCCCGCGACCGUCUCGGCUCCGCCAUGCGUCCCGGGGCGCCGGGGCCACUGUGGCCGCUGUCCUGGGGUGCCCUGGCCUGGGCUGCGGGCUUCGUGGGCUCGGGGGACCCCGCGCCCGCCACGGCCGCCCCGCCUGCAGGAGGUGUGUGCUGGCUCCAGCAGGGCGGGGAGGACACGUGCAGCCUGGUGCUGAGGACCGACGUGAGCCAGGCGGACUGCUGUGCCUCGGGCAGCAUCGACACCGCCUGGUCCAACCUCACCCACCCCGGAAACAAGAUCAGCCUCCUGGGCUUCCUGGGGCUGGUCCACUGCCUCCCCUGCAGAGACUCGUGCGACGGCGUGGAAUGCGGCCCGGGCAAGGCGUGCCGCAUGCUGGGGGGCCGCCCGCGUUGCGAGUGCGCGCCCGACUGCGCGGGGCUCCCGGCGCGCCUGCAGGUCUGCGGCUCGGACGGCGCCACCUACCGCGACGAGUGCGAGCUGCGCGCCACGCGCUGCCGCGGCCACCCGGACCUGCGCGUCAUGUACCGGGGCCGCUGCCGCAAGUCCUGCGCGCACGUGGUGUGCCCGCGGCCACAGUCCUGCGUGGUGGACCAGACGGGCAGCGCGCACUGCGUGGUUUGCCGGGCGGCGCCCUGCCCCGCGCCCUCCAGCCCCGGCCAGGAGCUGUGUGGCAACGACAACGUCACCUACGUGUCCUCGUGUCACUUGCGCCAGGCCACCUGCUUCCUGGGCCGCUCCAUCGGCGUGCGCCACCCGGGCAGCUGCACAGGACCCGCAGGACCCGCAGGACCCGCACGCGAGCCUCCGGGCGCCGAGUCCGAGGAGGAGCCGGAGCCGGAGCCGGAGCCGGAGGAGAACGCGGUGUGAGCCCGACUCGCUGCCUCGCGGAGUCCGUGUUCCGGGCACGGGGACCCCGGAGGUCCCGCCGUCGCGGAAGGAAGGCGGAGACGAGGCCUGGCGCGCGGAGCACGGGCCCGGGAGACGCCGGUCCCGCCCCUCUGGGGAUAA